AUGCUGUGUACCCCAAAUAGUGGUCGUCACCCGUUUGCUGCUCCUCGUGGCUCCGAUGGGCUCGUGCAAGACGCUCAUGAUCGUGCUACAGAGACACUACGGCACUGGAAUGCUCGAGCGGGGAAGGUGGAGGAGUUGCCUGCACGCGUGUACUCCUGUUCUAUCACCAACGUCUGCUCCCAAGUCGGCGCACAAGUUAACUUUGAGCUCAAUCGUCGGCGAUUGGAAAACCUACAUGGGAAACUCCGUAUGAAGAGGCUACUAGAGGCGAGUAAUGAGGCGGCAUUGGCUAGUGGCAAGACCGUCCCUAGUCAAACACGGCAACUGCAGAGGAUGAUGGAAUCCAAGUUGGGAGCCGACCAGGACUGGGAUACUAUAGAGAAGGUCAAUUAG